AGCCCGGGCACCGGCAGCGCCCUCCCGGGGCCGGGACAGCGGGUGUCCACCGGAUUGCACCGCCUCUUCGGGGGCCGGGCCGUGCCGUGCCGAGCCGUGCCGGGGAGGAGCCGCGUCCUGGGGGCGCGCAGAGCCGCGGAGAGCCGCGGGGAGAGCCAUGCGGGACUACGAGGAGGUGUCCGCCUUCCUGGGCGAAUGGGGCCGCUUCCAGCGCCUCGUUUUCUUCCUGCUCAGCGCCAGCAUCGUCCCCAACGGCUUCAAUGGGAUGUCGGCCGUCUUCCUAGCCGGCACCCCCGCGCACCGCUGCGCCGUGCCCCGCGAAGCCAACCUGAGCGGCGAGUGGCUGAACGCCAGCAUCCCGCUGGAGCUGCGCGGCGGCCGGGAGGAGCCGAGCCGCUGCCGCCGCUACCGCCUGGCCGCGCUCGCCAACUUCUCGGCGCUGGGGCUGCGGCCCGGCUCCGACGUGGAGCUGGGAGAGCUGGAGCAGGAGCCGUGCCUGGACGGCUGGGAGUACAGCCGGGACGUCUACCGCUCCACCAUCGUCACCGAGUGGAACCUGGUGUGUGAGGACGACUGGAAAGUGCCGCUGACGACGUCCCUGUUCUUCGUGGGUGUCCUCAUCGGCUCCUUCAUCUCGGGGCAGCUCUCAGACAGGUUUGGCAGGAAGAGCAUCCUCUUCUCCACCAUGGCCGUGCAGACAGGCUUCAGCUUCCUGCAGAUCUUCUCCACCAGCUGGGAGAUGUUCACGGUGCUCUUCCUCAUAGUGGGGAUGGGGCAGAUCUCCAACUACGUGGUGGCCUUCAUACUGGGCACAGAAAUUCUUGGCAAAUCAGUUCGUAUUAUAUUCUCUACGUUAGGAGUUUGCAUAUUUUUUGCAAUUGGCUACAUGUUGCUGCCACUGUUUGCUUACUUCAUCAGAGACUGGCGGAUGCUGCUGCUGGCGCUCACCGUCCCGGGGCUGUUCUGCGUCCCGCUCUGGUGGAUCAUUCCUGAAUCCCCUCGGUGGCUGAUCUCCCAGGGAAGAUAUAAAGAGGCAGAAGCUAUUAUCCGCAAGGCUGCAAAAAUAAAUGGCAUUCCAGCCCCGGCUGUGAUUUUCGACACCGCGGAGAUGCAGGAUUCGAAGCCUCAGCAGCAGCAGAAGGCUAUCCUUCUGGACCUAUUUCGAACCCGAAACAUUGCAACUAUUACUAUUAUGUCAUUACUUUUGUGGUUUUUCACGUCAGUUGGUUACUUUGGCCUCUCCCUUAACACUCCAAACCUGCAUGGCAAUGUCUACAUCAACUGCUUCCUCCUGGCGGUUGUUGAAGUCCCAUCCUACGUGAUCGCCUGGCUUCUCCUCCGCUACCUGCCUCGGCGCUACUCAAUAGCUGGCACCUUGUUUUUAGGGGGUGGCGUCGUCCUCUUCAUCCAGCUUGUUCCUACAGAUUACAGUGCCCUGUCUGUUGGCCUGGUGAUGCUCGGAAAAUUUGGCAUCACCUCUGCGUUUUCAAUGCUUUAUGUCUACAAUGUGGAGCUCUACCCAACGCUGGUCAGAAACAUGGCAGUCGGAGCUACCUCCACGGCUUCCAGGCUGGGCAGCAUCAUUGCUCCUUACUUCGUUUACCUGGGUGCCUACGACAGAGUCCUACCAUACAUCCUCAUGGGAAGCCUGACCGUGCUGAUAGGGAUCCUUACCCUGUUCCUCCCAGAGAGCUACGGAAAUUCUCUGCCUGAGAGCUUUGAGCAAAUGCUGAAGGUGAAAUGUUUCAGAAAUGGGCAACAAACCACUGGAGCUAGGAAUUCCAAGAAGAAUCCUAAAAUUUUGGUAACACCAAUGUGAAGAUGGAUGCAUGCUCUCAUCAGGGCUGAAAGAACAAGGUGCAAAACCCGCCAGUCAGUGCUGCCACACCAUAGUUAUUAUCCCCUGUGCUGCUGUAGCUAAAUACCCAGUUUACCGAACAGAUGCUGUCUGCUCCAUAGGACUCUUAGUCUGUGAUUGUGUCCUGAUUCCCGGAGUGUGUCAGCAGGUCCAGUCCCUGCUGAAAAACAGAGGUCUGCGUGUACUACGCGUGACUCGAGCAGCAGGAAUACAGCUAUGACUCUACUCGGUCAUGGACUCAAUGAAAGCUGCUAAAAGGAAAAAAAGAAGGUAGCAAAUGUAAUGCUGGUGGUUUCUCUUGCUGUGUGCGCUGACUGGAUGAAGGGGAGCUGGGUGUCUGUCACCGAACAUCUCAGCACACGUAUCUAAAGGAAAGACCCCAGCCUUGUUUGAAACCUGUAACCAAAGCCUGAUCGUCUCGGUGGAAUCCGAGUUUAGCUGUAGCAAAGCACAUGUAGACAUCACUGAAAUAACAUUUUUGUUUAAAAAAACAUAAUAUAAAUAACAUUAGUGUUUUAAAAACAGUAACAUUUUUUAAACAAGACAGAGUAGCUUUUGAUGUGUGUUUCCCAUUUUUGAUCCACUUGUCCCUGUAAAAGUUGAUGGUUUUUUUUGUAAAGCCUAAGCCUGCUGAAAUCACUGGGCUUCAUGAAUGUUCUGUGUGAGGACCCCAGCUUGCUGACCUACUUCUGAUGGGCCGUGCCCACUUUCAAAUGAAACACAGACUUCAGCAAGUAAAUGAUCCAAUUCAAAUAUGCUCUGCAGUGUUAGCUUUGGGGGUUUUCAUGGUAUAUUGACACAAGCAGCUUUUUGAAUCUUUUUGUCUUUUUUUCAAAGCAUUUCAUUUCUCCUUUGAAUACACACUACGUUGUGCUUUACCUUCAGAGAAAGCUCAUCUCAGUUUUUAAAGCCUCUGCAAAAGCCUUUGUACGAUUUACAAAUUUAGAGGGGAUUGAUGCUUACAAAAAUCUGAUGUUCUGCACAGGAGUUGUUUACCUGCAGCUAGCAAGAACUCAGAAGAGCUGAUUUGGGACCACAGAUAUAUUUUUUUCAAAACAAAGAAUGCCAACAAAGCCAGUAUUUUAUUUUUCAAAUCCUACACGUUAUAUAUGCAUUUUUUUAAAGUACAGCAAAGCUAGGUGAGAUGAAAAGUCACAUGUAGUAGAGCUCAGAUUUGUGCUACUACUGUUUUAUGAACACUACACAGUUUGCAAUAGGUCUUUUUUAUUGGUUGUGCAUGGAUAUGUUGGCCACAUAAAGUCUGUCAGCCUAGCCAGACUACCUAGAACAGGUAGGCUGAUUUUUAUCAUUUAGAAAUAACUACCAGCCAUGAUUCACAUUCUGUAAGGGCCAAGAAAAGCAGUAUCUCAUCUCUUAAUGUGAGAAUUCAUGGCAAUUUGUCUUGUGCUGGCAUUUGGCACAGAAGUGAGGACCUCCCUGUAAGUUCGAGCACAUAUAUAAAGCUUUGUAACAUUUAAAUGCAAGGAACGUGUGCAAUCAUUUCAAGCUGCUCUUUGGGAUGUGGGAAUUCUACUGCCUUUAAUAUUAAUGUUCUGAAGUCAUGUUUUUGCCACGAAUGUAAUGUGGCAUAAGGCUAAUGACCCCAGAUGUUCUCAUCCCUUCUCAAACUGGAAUUUCUCUAAUAACAACAGUAUUUAAUCUUGUCUUAUUACAAAGUUAAUCUCUAGAAUAGCUGUUUAGACAUAACUAGAUUUCUGAACAAAACCUUUAUAUCAGCUUUGAGGACUUAGUUAAAUAUAGGUGGCUGUGUUUUUAUGAAGAUUUUUAUAUUAAGUUCAUACUUAUUUUAUGUGAUUGUAGGCCUAGGUAUUUCUAAAGGUAAAUAUUUUUAUAUUCUUAAACUUUGUAGUAUCUUAAAACCUAAUUUUAAUUUUUUAAAUAAGAAAAAGGAUUGUGAUUUUUUGAAAUACCUUGUUUUAAUCAGUUUUAUUUUUCCUGUUUAUACCAUUCAUCCAAAGCUAGUGUCACAGUUUAGUAUUGGCAGAUUUAAAAAAAAAAAAAAAUCCUAUGUGAGUGGAAUGUACCUCUGACAAGAAUGUGAUGUUGUUAUAAGGACUUAAUGUGUCAGAGCACAGUCAAAACGAGAAAAGGAGAUUGCUUCAGCUGACGUAGUUACUGAAUUUUUAAUUGUACAGCUGAAGAAAACAGCAUUGGUUUAGUAGCUGUUGGCAGGAAAUAAAUGUGUUGCUGGUGAGCAAUUUAAGACUUUCACUGCAAUCUUCAGCGAGUUUUCUCUGUCAGACACUCGGUGGGGCUCAUGAUGAGACCUGCAUGCUCACGUGCAGUUGGCAGAUGUAUGUACAGCUCUGACUCGGAGAUGGGAGGGAAGCACGACUGGAUCUCUCCCACUGAUUGCACUGUGCCUCAGCUCUCUCCUCUGUCACAUUUACCUGGUUCUGUCUGUGUAACCUCUUAUCUUCAGUAAGAUCUGACGUGGGCUUAUUGGAUCUGUUAAAGCAUGUGUACAAAUGUAGUAGUUGUUGCUUGGUAACUGCUGUCUUUAUUGUAAUAAAAAUGUGCACUGGCAUUGUGUAACCUACUUUCUCUGUGGUUUGUCAUGGAAGAAUAAAGUCUUCUAAAUGUAACACUUG